AUUAGAAAGUGUGUAGAAAGCUGCGUAAAUAAAAAUCAUUUUCAAGUGAAAAGAGUGAAAUUUUGAAAAGCUAAGUAGUAUUUAAGUAGUCGUAAGGAGAAAUGUCGCAAAUAGUAACUAGGAAUAAGUACAACGAGAAAGCAGGUACAUCGGCAAGCCGAGGAGGCGUCCUGCCGAAAGGUGCAAGGAUACAAAAACCUAACCAGAAACGUAACGCUACACCACAGCAGAUCAGUUCCGGUCAAGUCAGCGAAACAUGGCAUUCGGACACAGUUUACAUCGAAACAACGGAUCCGGAACAAAAUCGAUACAAUCACCCGGCGGAAAUUGGAAAAACGCUCAACGGAAAAGGAAUAGGAAGGAUCAAAGACAUACAAAGAAUCGGAAAGUUCCGAUUCAAAAUACUGUUUGAGACAGCGAAGGAAGCGAGCCCAUUGAUACUCUGCAAACUAGAAGAUGUCGGACUAAAGAUCUACACGCCCCGCAUAACAACGGAAAUCAUCGGACUAGCAAAGGAGGUGCCGUUGUGCUACAGCACAACAGAAAUAUUCGAAAAUCUGGAAGUGGAUAAGGAAGUAAUCAGCAUCGAACGACUAAAAAGGAAGGACAGCGAAGGAAACCUCAUCGACACGCGGACAGUCAGAAUCAAAUUCAAGGGGAGAGUCUUGCCAGAAACAGCGGUCUUGUACGGAUGGAGGUUCCAACUGGAACUCUAUAUCUUUCCGGUGAAACAGUGUAGAAACUGCUGGAUGUUUGGCCACAAGAAAGAAAUGUGCCGAAAGAAAACGAAAUGCCCAAAAUGUGGAACUGAACAUGGAAAAGAGGAGCAGUGCAGAGGACAAACAACAUGCCUAAAUUGCAGAGAGGAGCACCCGGCCGACGACCGAAGAUGUCCGGAGCGAGAGCGGCAAUCAAAAGUUAACGAAGCCAUGCAAAGAAGAAGAAUAACACAAAAAGAAGCACUGGAACUAUACCCGAAAAGCAACAUAAGGCUGGAAAACCAAUUCGAGAUACUAGGGCGGUACGACGAGUUUCCACAACUACAACAGCAAGAAGAAUACGGAACAAACAGCAACAACCGACCACGACGCAACAAACCUCAUCGAGCCACAGCGAACAGCUAUCAACAACACUGGAGACAGCGCAGAAACUCUGAAGCAGGGUCGGAUUUAGGCACCGUAAACGACGCGGACCCAGGAAUAAAAGUGGAGCUAGCUAAACUAGAGAGGAAAUUCGAAGAAUUGGCACAAAAAAUCACCAUUAUCGGAAAAAUAAUAAAACUGCAGCAAUGUGUGAAAGAAGAAUUCAAGAAACAACAGGACCUGCCGAGCUUGGAAGCGCUAGUUAUCAAAAUCAGCACAGUUCUAAAUGAAAUCAUCGACGAAUUUGGAAAUGAAAUCACGAACAUCAGAAACCAUACAGAAAACGAGAGCAACACCUACGAAGAAAAUGGCGAAUAAGAUAAGCAUACUCCAAAUAAACAUUCAGUCUAUAAGAGCAAGCGAAAAACGAGAAGAAUUGGAAUUUUUCCUAAAAUCCGAAAAAAUAAAAAUUGCAACGCUGCAGGAGAUCUGGCUAAAGCAAGGAGAAACGUUUAGGAUGAGAGGAUACAAAAUGACUAGCAGCAGAAGGAGUGACGGCUACGGAGGAGUCGGGAUUUUAACGGAGGAAAGCAUAGAUUUCGAACCACUAAACAUCACAUCACUUCUUCCAAUAGAAGUAGUAGCGAUCAAAAUCACCAACCUGGAGACGCCACUCAACGUCUUCUCAAUAUACGUGCCACCAAACCCGAACGUCGCCAAACAAGCUGAAAUGAAAUUGGUAGAAUUAUUCGAUAAAAUAGAAACUCUCCAAGGGGAAACACUAGUAACGGGAGACUUUAACGCACAUCACACCAUGUGGGACGACAACAGAAAUACUUGUAGGAAAGGAAAAAUCAUAGCUCAGGCCCUUGAAAACUCAAGAUUAUGUCUAAUGAACGACGGUACAAUGACUACUAUCCCUAGAAUAGACAGCAACCCUUCAGCAAUCGACCUAGCCUUCGGAACGAGAAACAUUGUAAAUAAAACGGAGUGGAAAGUAAUGGACCAAUCUUUUGGUAG